AUGUCUUUACCAAUUCCUACUUGGGAAACUCCAUUUGGUAUCCAAUUAUGGCCAAUUUUUGAUUUAGUUGCCUCCAAACUUUCUCAAGGAAAAUUUGUCCCAUCGGAAUUUUUAUUUAUUAAUGGUGUCACACCAUUAUCAACAUUCCCAGAAGCAGCUGUAAUCAUUGUUAUUUAUUAUACUGUUAUUUUUGGUGGUAGAUUUGUUAUUAACACUUUGAACUUACCAGUUAUAAAAUUGAAUGGAUUAUUUCAAAUUCAUAAUUUAUUUUUAACUAGUUUAUCAUUGACAUUAUUGAUCUUGAUUUUAGAACAAAUCAUUCCUAUUUUCCAUUCUGGUGGUUCAUAUUAUUCGAUUUGUUCUCCUAAUGCUUAUACUUCAAAAUUAGUUGUAUUAUAUUAUCUUAACUACAUUACUAAAUUCAUUGAGCUUAUAGAUACAGUUUUCUUGGUCCUUAGACAGAAAAAAUUGACUUUUUUGCAUACUUAUCAUCAUGGAGCUACUGCAUUGUUAUGUUACACUCAAUUGACAGGGUACACUUCGGUACAAUGGGUGCCAAUAGCUUUGAAUUUGGCAGUUCAUGUGGUUAUGUAUUGGUACUAUUUCUUGGCUGCUAGAGGUAUUAGAGUUUGGUGGAAAGAAUGGGUCACCAGAUUCCAAAUCAUUCAAUUUGUUAUUGAUUUGGGAGUGGUUUAUUACUCCACUGUUACUCAUUUUGUUUAUAAAUAUUCUGGUAAAAUGAGAGACUGUUCUGGUACUGAAACCGCUGCUAUUGUUGGAUGUCUGAUUUUGACUAGUUAUUUGAUUUUGUUUAUCAGUUUCUACAUUACUGUUUACAAGAAAUCUGGUAAUGCUUCCAAAAAAGUCAAGAAAGCUUAG